UGUUUAUCAAUAGCGAUGCGUACUCGCUUGGGAGUCAUCGGAACGUCAACAUUCCGUCAUCGUCACCUAGAUAAGGGCAAUCAAGGUAGGCCAGCCUGCUCUUGCCACCAGCCAGUACCGUACUGUAAAGCGACGCGACAAGACGUUGCAUUCGUGUUCGUGUAUCCCGUAAACUACAAAACAGAGAUAAUGGGCAACGUGUUGUUCUCCGUGAUUUGGCUCAUCAUACUCAUAUUCAUAUCGAUAUGGAUAGCAGGCAUCGCCGCAGGAUUCUACAUUAUCUUAAUUCCUUUCACAGUGUGCAUAGAGCCUUUAUCGGGUCUAACGGACUUCCUGUUAACGGUAAUACAAUUCCCGAAAUACUGCGCACAGUGCAUGAUGGACGGUAAAGGAUUCUAAUUUUUUAUAAUCGAUCGAUUAACUUUUUAAUCGACUGAUCCAUGAGAUAAAGACUUGUGCCAUGUGUAUUUAGUGAUGAUAUCAACGUGCAAAUCCAUUUCAGUGGUUGUGUAUUUGUAUUUAUUUUGUAUGAACAAUAUGGUGUAAUGUGAAAGCUAUGUUUAUAUAAAUUUGUUUGCACUAUAGUUCAUAAACCUUAAAAUUCUAUGAAAAAAGAUGAGAAGAGUUAUUAAUUUUCUAAUAUACUUAACCACGAUUUCCGAAAGUCAAUUGAGAUGUUUAUGUAAAUAAAACCAUGUGUUUGAGAUAAAAAAUAUCAGGCUUAUUGCCUGCUUUUCUAUAUUGUUAACAACUAAAACAAUAUUUAUAAUUUAAAACAUUGUCCAUGUAUUACACUUUAAGUUAAAAGAAACCAACUUAUCUAUGUACACUUAAAACAUUAAAACAUGUAAAAUAAA